AUGCCCUCCGCCAUCCGCCACACGCUCGCGGUGCUGCCGUUCGCCGCCGUCGCCGCCGCAUACUCGUUCAACAUCGUCUCGACCCCGCGCCAGUGCCAGACGCUCGAGGUCGACAUCACCGGCUCGGGUGGCUCGCCGCCGUACUCGCUCCUGCUCGUCCCCACCGGGCCCACGCCGCUCGCGAACCAGGUCGAGGCGCGGCGGAUCACGGAAGUGCCGUUCAAUACCUCGAGCUCGGUGUCCUUCCAGCUCAAGUUUCCGGAGAACUCGCAGUUCAUCGCCGUGGUCAGCGAUAGUAACGGUUUUGGAACUGGAGGGACGAGUUCCGUAGCGACUGUCCUCGACAGUAAUGAUGCCAGCUGCUUCGAUGCGACGACAUCAGUGCAGACAAAUUUCUUCUUCCACACGUUCCCCGACGGGUUCAUUGCCACUUGCCAGCCUACUCGACUAUGGUGGGACCCAACACAAGUGAAUGGUACCGUGACGUUCAAGGGCGUCAUUCCUGGAGGAGAGUCGUUCACAGUACCACAAAAUACCACCACCUCGGUCUUAAACGAAGGAACGGGUUUCACAUGGGUCCCUAAUCUGAGAAUCGGCACUCAAGUCGUUAUGGUUGUUGGAGACGAUCGUGGUGUCGGCACCGGAGGGAGCAACCAGUAUACCCUGCAGCAGAGCGACGUUACCUCGUGUCUCAACUCUUCGUCCCCUUCAUCAACCCCUGGUUCUCCGGCAGGAGGCAGUUACCCCACAAGCACAGACGGUUCUGGGACCGGACGCAGCAACUCAAGUACCAAUGUCGGAGCUAUUGUUGGUGGCGUAGUUGGUGGUGUCGUCGGCGCUCUUGCCAUCGCCCUCCUCCUGCUCUUCUACAUCCGCCGCAAGAGAUUCCAUAAUGAGCCGAAAGAGCGGCCAGUCGACCUUCUCAACGACGAGCACGAUGAAGAGCCCGUUGGUGACCAACGACUUCCCGAAUACUACCGGCCCGAGCCCUUCAUGCUCCCCGACCCCACCGCUGUGUCUGCGGAUGGUUCUGUCCACGGCGGUUCCGCGCGCCCGAGUACCGAAGGCCGGCGCCAGUCGUACCUGACCACCAGCACGUCCGACGCCGGUGGAGCCGGGUACAUGCGCCAUGGCACGUCGGUCCCCUCGACAAGCACACGGAAGUCGCCCGCGCCGCCGACAUUCCGUCCGGUGAACAUCAUUCAGCACGACGAUGCGGGCCCGUCAGAGGAGCCCCCAGCAGAGGCGGAAGCGGAGACGAUCGAGCUUCCACCAGCAUACACGAACAUCAAGCCGCGGGGUACACCUGGGGCGCCGUCGAGUGUAGGGGCGGAUGAUGGAGAGUCGCAUGUGGGCGGAGUGGAUACGUCGACGAGGGCGGGGUCGCCGCCGGUGCUGUAG